ACAAUAGAUGAAGACUCAACUAAAAGUCUUGACUUCUGGGGAGCCCGUGAAGAGUGCAAGAAGAUCGGAGGAGAUCUCCCAAUUCAGUUAGAACAGUCCAGUAAUAAAUAUCUAUAUUCCCUAGCCAAAGAAUUUGAGUCUGAUCUAUGGAUCGGUAUCACAGAGAAUGAAAACGGUUCUUUUAGUUGGGUGGAUGGGUAUCCUAUAAAUGAAAUUUCAUCAGAUCUUUGGCUUCAAAAUUCAGAUGAGCACCAGCCAAUAAAUAUGAAUGGGUCUGCAAGGGGGUCACUUCUAGUAAAUGAACAUGGAUCCUGGGCAACCAAACCAGAGUCUGAAACUCUCAGAUAUGUUUGCCAGCAUGAGGCAGGAUUUUUUUGUCUGGAUGGAAUGGUCCAGCAUGAUAUUUGGUGUUACACAUUUGAAAUAAAUCCAGAGAAAGAUAUUUUGGAAUGGACAGUGGCCAACAAUGAGUGUACAAAGCUUGGAAUGAGUCUUCCUGUUUUUAACCUCAAUGAAUCUGAAUCUGAAUCUGAAUGGUACAACAAAAAAUUAAUAGCCCUGGCUGUGUACUUGCAGCAUGUUCAUGCAGGAUUUUGGAUUGGUGCCAAAGAAACCACGAUAAACAGUGAAAAGUUUGACUGGGUUAACUAUGGUGGAGAGCUUGAGGAUGGAUAUGAUGCUAGAUCAGAUGAUAUAAUUUAUGAUGCAUUAGCUGAUGAUUGCCUUUGGUUUGCUCCUUGCAAUGGUAAUGAGUAUGCCUGCAACCCAAUUACCACAAAUAACAAACGAUGGCUAGCUGACAAGUGUGAAUCAAAUAAAAGGCCUUACUACUACGGCUGCCAAAUUUUAGUCAAAGAAACUGUUAACCUAACUGGAAUUUUUAACGUGAAAAAGUACUGCCUUCGAGGAUGGACUUUAUUCGCUGAUGAAUGUUAUAAAAUGGGGGACACUGAAGAAACUUGGGCAUCCGCAAACACUUGGUGCAAAGAGGUGAACCACCAAUCUAAUCUGGUCAGCCUCAGUUCAUUAGCUGAGAACGACUUUGUUUCUAAUCCUAUUUCAAAGGAAGUAAGUGAGCCAAGCUGGAUUGGGUAUAACAAGAGAAGUGGGGAGUGGAAAUGGACAGAUGGAACUUCUCCAACACAAUUUUACCAUUGGGCAUCCAAUCAGAAUCCACAAGAUGAUCCAAACCGCUGUGCUCUAAUAAACUCUAAUAAUGUUGAUAAUCCUGGAAACUGGGUUACUGCAUCUUGUACACAACUCCAUAAUUUUGUAUGUAAGAUGCCCUCGACUGAAGACCCCUCUGGAAACCCUACACUUCCAGAUACAACAGAAGCUCCAGAAAACCCUAACUGUGGACAUCACCAUGGAUGGGUAGAAGAUCCCAAAACAGGUAUGUGCUACCAUUUUCUUGAGACUCCUUUAGCAUGGGAGGAUGCCAAAGAGGAAUGUAAGUCCAUGUCUGGGUAUGGAGGGGAUGGUGAUCUUGCUUCUUUGAAUUCAUUUAUGGAACAGAGUUUUGUUCAAAGUUUAAUCCAAAAUGAAGGUGAUGAGGAAGGAACUUGGAUUGGACUUGCAGACUUGGGAACUGAGCGUGUGUUUAGAUGGUCUGAUGGAACUCCUAUAUCCUAUGUAAACUGGAAUGAUGGAGAACCUAACAGUUACUUUGAUAAUGAGGAUUGUGUUGAAAUAAUACCAUCCCUUGGGAGCAAAUGGAAUGAUGAAAAAUGUGAUAUACUUAAGAAAUCAGUUUGUGAGAGAAAAGGAUAUAACUAUAAACCUCCCCCGACCCCAUCUCCUCCAGAAGUUUCUUGUGAGCCUGGCUGGGAAGUAUUUGAGAAUAAGUGUUAUUACUUCAGUGGUUCUGUAGAGACCAUUUCAAAUGUCACAACAGGAAAUAUUAUUUGCAAAGCAUUAAACCCCAUAGCUACUUUGGCCUCAAUAGCUAGUAAAGCAGAAUUAGAUUUUGUAUUAGAACAUAUGCAAAAAAGUUCUUAUAUUGGAGCAUCAGAUUCACAUGAUGAAGGUGUUUGGACAUGGGAUGAUGGUACUCCAUGGGGUUUUGCUAAUUGGGGAACCAAUGAACCAAAUGGUGGUUCAGGAGAAAAUUGUCUUGAAAUAGUGAACCAUUCACGAUUGAAAAAUACUCGGGGCUGGUGGAACGACAUUAACUGUGAAGACCGUGGUAUCUCAAGAGGAUAUAUUUGUUCCUAUAAUAAUAAGGUUUGUCCAGACAACUGGAGAUAUUGGAACAACCAGUGUUGGUUUAGCUCUACUGAGAAAACUAAUUAUGAAACAGCUAAAAAAGAAUGCUCAGAUGUUAGUUUAACAGCAAAACUGGCUUCAAUUCAUGAUAUUACCGAAAACUGGUUUUUAUCAGAACUGGAAAAAGAUUCUUCUUUUAUUGGGCUGCAAAAAGGAUUUAAUGAGAAGUGGACCUGGAGUGAUGGUACUGAUGUCAGUUUUAACGGUUGGGAUGAAAAUCAACCUGUUGGUGUUGGAAAGUGUGCAGUACUUAGAAAAGAUGGAAAAUGGAAUACUGAAGAUUGUACUUCUGAGCAGUAUUAUGAUUGCAAAUUUAAAGCAAGUGCAUAUUAUGGGUGCCCAAUUGGCUGGAGUUUAGCAAAAGGCUGGUGUUAUCUUUUGCAAGAUGAUGUUCUACUAUGGGAAGAUGCGGUUACAGCAUGUAAGGCUAAAGGCGGGGAUUUAGUAUCCAUUCAGAGUUAUAGUGAACAGGAAGAGGUGUUUGCAUUGAUAAACAGUGGCCCACCAUGUCCCGAAAGUUUUAUAGAGGACAAUGGCAUUUGUGUUUUUGUAUCACCCUAUUUACUUACAUGGGCAGAAGCAAGGUCAUCAUGUUUAGAAGCUGGCUCUGACCUCUUUAUGGUUAAAUCGGCUGCUGAUCAAGCUGUUGUGAAGAAAUACUUAACAGAGGGUGAAGAAUUAUGGUUGGGUGGCACAGAUGAUCAAGAAGAAGGCUCAUGGGUAUGGGUAGAUGGGACACCUUUUAUGUAUUUCAACUGGGAGGAAGGAAAUAUUAAUACUAAUGGAGAGAACUGUGCACUGAACAGAGGAGAAACCAACCACUGGGUAGCCAGAAAUUGUUCUGAAAUUCAUGCAUAUGUGUGUGCAAGGCCUACAAGUAAAGAUAAAACACGAUGGAUUGGAUUAUCUGAUAAGUCAAGUCUCCAAACCUUUGAAUGGUCAGAUAAGAAUCCUAUGAUUUACAGUAACUGGGGUGUUGGAAUGCCUAAUACUUAUGGAGAGUUACCAGUAUGUUCCUACAUUAACACCAUUCAUGGAGACUGGAUGCAUACAGAAUGCUCAGAAUCUAAGGGUUCUGUGUGCAAAACAAAUUCUGAAAUUACUGGUCCUCCCCCUGAUGUUGAUGGCUGUCUUGAAGAUGAAGUUGCAUAUAUGGACACAUGUUACAGAUUUGAUGUUCAUUUUACAUCUUAUGAUGCAUCUGAAAAAACCUGCAAGGAUUGGGGUGGUCAACUGUUGGAUCUGCAAUCAGAAUAUGAGCAAGCCAAAAUUACAACAUUUGUUGUAGACCUUGAAAUUCAUUUUUGGGUUGGACUGAAAUACAAUAAUGCUACUCAAUCAUUUGAAUGGUCUUCAGGGAAACCUGUAGAAUACACUCACUGGGCUGAAUAUGAACCAGACUUCAACCAUGCAGAAGAUGAUGGAUCUGGUUUUUGUGCAUAUAUGCAUAGACAUGAAGAUAUCGGGUUUUGGAAAGUUAUUAGAUGCUCUAAACCAAUGGCCAGUAUCUGUGAAUUUCCUAGACAGGGAUAUACAGAGCCACCAACAACAACUACAACAAUUCGUCCAGAAGCUCAAUGCCCAAGCUAUGAGUGGAUAAAAUAUAAUGAACAUUGUUACAGAGCAUUCGAAGCUUAUAAUAUUGGAAAUGGAUUUGGGUAUGGCUUUGAAGAUGCAAGAAAAUUUUGCCAAAGUCAGGGUGGAGAUCUAAUAACAAUUGGUGAUUAUGAUGAAGAUUACUCUACUGUACAAUCACAGUAUUUAUAUGGGAAUUAUUAUAUUGGACUGAGGGCAAAUGAGAAUGAAGAUAAUGAACUGGAAUAUGGUUGGAUAGAUGAUACACCUUUAAGUUUUAUAAACUGGGGAUAUUUGCAACCAAACACACAUGAUGGAAAAGAACUAUGCAUUGCAUAUGACUUCACAUCAGUCUAUGCUUGGCGUAACUUCAACUGUGAAGAGAGGUUAGGUGUAAUUUGUGAAUCAGUGGCAGGAAUUGAAGCUCCAACAACAGUGGAUCCUCCUACUCCACCACCAAGAAUUCCAUGUGGAAAUGGUUUGGGGGAAGAAUGGUUCCGUAUCUCUGAGAUUGAAGAUAUGUGCUAUGCUAUCUAUCAAGAUUUCAAUUCCCAAGGGAAAACAUUUAGACAGGCAGAAGAUUAUUGCUCACAGCAGGGAGCCCACUUGGCAUCAAUACACACUCAUGAGGAAAAUUACUAUCUCCGGAGUGAAAUUGAGUUCAGUAAUGUUGCAAAUGUUUGGAUUGGAUUGACCAGCUUAAAUCUGGAUGAGGGAUAUGAGUGGACUGAUGGAACUCCAGCUGAAUAUUUAGCUUGGGGUGAAAAUGAGCCUAAUAAUGCGCUAGAUCAAGAAAGUUGUGCCUCACUGAAUUCUCGAAAUGGAUAUUGGAAUGAUGCAAGAUGCAACAUUGCUCAAUCUUGGAUUUGUAAAAGACCAAAAGAUGGAGAGUACACCACAAAAGCAUCAACAGCUUACCCUUCAGGUCACUGUCCGAAAGACUGGUUGGAAUUUGAAGGACGUUGUUACAAGAUCUUUGGAGAUGAAACUUCUUACUCUAACUGGACAACUGCAAGGGAAACAUGUAAAAGUUUAAGUAUCACCAGAAGACACAAGGGAGAACUUGCUUCAAUCCAUAGUGACUUGCAAACAGCAUUUUUGGUAGCUGAAUCAGCUAAAUACCCUGAGAAUGGAUAUUGGAUUGGGCUGAACAUGCUUUUAUCCUACGGAGAAUCAUUAUUUACUUGGAGCGAUGAAACAGACGUAGACUUCACAAAUUGGGACCAAGAUGAGCCAAAUGGAGCAUGGUACUAUGAGUACUGUGUUCAAAUGUAUGGAUUUAAAGACAGCCCGGGAAAAUGGAAUGAUGCUAAUUGUGAUACAAAAACAGGAUUCAUAUGUGAAGCCAUUGUUUCGGACAAUAUCCCCACUGAGUCUCCAGCAGAUUGGAAACCUUGCAGUAAAGCUGGCCUGGGUGAGAAAGGUUUCAUUGAGCUGCAUGGAAACUGCUUUAAAUUUGAAUCUGAAUCUAAGAGUUGGGAAGAGGCAGAAACAGUCUGUAAAAACUAUGGUGACCAUGUGCACUUGACCUCUGUCAUGAAUAAGUUGGAAGAAGAUAUUUUAGUAGUACUGUCGCAUCCUGAAGAUUUCUGGGUUGGACUCAAGAAAGAGGAGAAUACCUGGAAAUGGGCAGAUGGCUGGCCUGUGGAAUACACUAAUUGGUAUAACACUGAGUUUGAAAAUGGAACAUGUGCCUUUAUUAAGUCGCAAGGAGGACAUUGGUUCCAGGAGGAUUGCAGUAAAAGUAUGAAGUUUGCUUGUAAACAUAUAGAAGAUGAUACUCCUACUCCUCCACCACCAACCUACUGUCUAGACGGGUGGUAUGGAUAUCAGGAUAAAUGCUACAUGGUCAGUGAUGUUAUCAUGGAUAUGCCAAGCGCUAGACAAGCUUGUUGGCAGUUUAAAAACCCUGAUGGAACUCAUGGUGAUCUGCUUAGUCUGCAUAGUGCUGAGCAAACUCAAGCUGUAAUGAAAUAUGUUUACAAUAUGUAUCCAAACUUGGGCUCAGUUUGGAUAGGGCUGAGUAGGAGUGGAGAAGGGUUUGAAUGGACUGAUGAAUCUCCGUUUGAUUUUGAGAACUGGUAUGAAGGAGAACCUAAUGAUGGUUAUGAAUCAGAAGAUUGUGUUGAUGCAAUUGGUGAAGCCUUUACAUGGAAUGAUGUAUUUUGUUCCCAAUACACAGCCUAUGUCUGCAUGCUGGAUCAAGAGACUCCAACGACAACUGUAACUACCAUAUCCUCUGAGUCUCCAGUAACUGGUUCAUCACCCCACACAGAGGAGACAACCACUGAAAGGAAACCCACAGAGCAUACAACACAGAGAGAAACUACAAAGCAUACCACAGAGCAUCAUACUGAUGAUCACCCUACAACUACCACAGUGCCUGAUAACCAGGGUACAACUGAAUCCAAUAAUCCUACAGAUUCUGGAAUGGGAGAUGGUGCAAUUGUAGCUAUUGUACUGUUCGUUCUAAUCUUAUGUACAAUCUCUGCUGUACUUGUUAUACAACUAAGGGAGAAUAACUGGGAUUGGAGGAGAAUGGCAACAAAUGCACGAGCCAGGUCGUCUUCGAUGUUCCGCCAAAAUGGGGCGCCAUCUUUUCCCAACAUGGCGUACAACUCAGGUUCCAGCAGUGUUAAAACUACAUGAAGACUAAGUGAAAACGUCAACAGAAAGGGCUGGAAAGCCAGCGACAACAAUUCUUUGUCCGAACCACAUUAUCAUUAUUUCUAGUCGGCCAAUAUUAAGUUUUUUUUAAUAUUAAAGAAUCAACCAAUGAAGAAUUAAUUAAAAAUGCCAAAAGAACUAUAGAUGCACAAAAUAUGAUGAAGUAACGAUGUCUAUGAUUCUCUUAACCUCCCCCCUCUCUACCUUUUUUUAUAGUUUUCUAUCCCAAACCUCUCCAUGUGUAACCCUUGUUCAGUCUAUCUGCAAAUUAAGGUUCAAACGAGAAUGAAAAAUACUUUGUUGCCCAGAAAAUGUCCACCUUUAGAUAGUAUAAAAUAGUAUUUAAUUUAUGACCUUUUUUUCAAUUGUUGUUUUAUACAUACAUGCAUAUAUGCAUUUGUGCAUAGGUUUAAUAAAAUUAUACAUUUUUGUAACAUGUACUUAAUUUAUUUAAUAAAUAAAAAGAAAGUUGUGAAAA